GCAGCCCGGCGCUCAGACUGAGGCAGACAAAGGCGAGGGGGAGAGACGGCGCACCGCUAUCCUGCAGCAAAGACGCGCGCGCUCACAUCCGCUCCCCCACACGCGCUCCCUUCACUCCGCAAGCAGCGACGCAGACUCCCCGGAGCUGGUCACCCACCGCCGCACAUCCGUCCCAGCCACGCCAACUUCCGGUCGCCAUGGAGCUAGACUUUGGACAUUUUGACGAGCGGGACAAGUCGUCCCGGGCCUCGCGGGGCGGGCGCAUGAACGGGCUGCCGAGUCCCACCCACAGCGCCCACUGCAGCUUCUACCGCACGCGCACCCUGCAGGCCCUCACCAGCGAGAAGAAGGCCAAGAAGGUGCGCUUCUACCGCAACGGCGACCGCUACUUCAAGGGCAUCGUGUACGCCGUGGCCAACGAUCGCUUCCGCACCUUCGACGCCCUCCUGGCGGACCUCACGCGCUCGCUGUCCGACCACAUCAACCUGCCGCAGGGCGUGCGCUUCAUCUUCACUAUCGAUGGCAUGCGCAAGAUCUCGACCCUGGACGAGCUGGAGGAGGGCGAAAGCUACGUCUGCGCGUCCGAGAACUUCUACAAGAAGGUCGACUACACCAAGAACGUGAACCCCAACUGGUCUGUGAACGUGAAGGCCUCGGCGAGCCAGAAGAGCAUGCAGUCCUUGGCGGCCAAGGCCGCCGGCGAGUCCCGGGAGACCAAGGACUUUGUGCGGCCCAAGCUCGUGACGGUGAUGCGCAGCGGCGUGAAGCCGCGCAAAGCCGUGCGCGUCCUGCUGAACAAGAAGACGGCGCACUCCUUCGAGCAGGUGCUCACCGACAUCACGGAGGCCAUUAAGCUCGAAAGCGGCGUGGUCAAGAGGAUCUACACGCUCGACGGCAAACAGGUUACCUGCCUGCAGGAUUUCUUCGGUGACGAUGACGUCUUCAUCGCAUGUGGACCAGAGAAGUUUCGCUACGCCCAGGACGACUUCUCCCUGGAUGAGAACGAAUGCCGGGUGAUGAAGGGGCCCAAAGCGCAGCGCGGUGGAGCAAAGAGUCCCGGUCAGAUCAAGCGCAGCAAGUCUCCCGCUGAAUCGACCAACGGGACGGGCUCUAGCAGCCAGCUCUCCACCCCGAUUUCCAAGCAUUCCCCCACCUCCACCCCCACCAGCCCAGGCCUCAACAACAAGCAGAAGGACCUGUACCUGCCUUUAUCUCUGGACGAUGAGGAUUCUCUGGGCGAAUCGAUGUAGACUCUCUACUCUCCUUCAACCUGCCUCCUUUUUGGCCUGAAACACAGAAGUUUUUUACCUCUGCUGCUCUCCACCUUCACUCACAGUGCCACCUGUUGUCUAGGAGAACCACUCCGUCUCUUUAAGGCCUUAGCCACCAGGGCUACGACAACAUUUGCUGCUUGAGAAUACCAUUAUUUUUCGAACUCCUUUGAACCAGCUCACUAAUGUUGAGGCAUAUUUCUACGUGGAGCAUAAGCCACUAUUUGUGAAAAGGGCGCACAGGUCAUCCACUCACUGAUUUCACGGUGUAUAAAUGUCGGGCAUUCUUUUAAAGGUUGCAGUCUCAUUUUAGCAAUUCAGUCCCACUGUUCCAAGCAGCAAAUGUUUUUUUUUAGGGGCGUUAGCCAGAACCGACUCAACUUUUGUAUCACUCGUAUCUGUGACGUUCCUCUAUGUGCUCCUGUUCCUCUGCCCCGCGGCCGAUGGUGUGAAAGGGUAACACUUUGUUAAGCCAGAUAGAGUCUUUCUAACGUGCUGUAAAUACUGUGUAUAGCUUCCCAUCUUAACAUCUCUGCCAAAUGUCCAUUGCUGUGCUUCCAUAACAUCGCUACGUUUCUGUUGAUGAUACAGGGUACGGUCAGAGCAAAGGGAGCGACCAAAAUGAGGUCCUGUGUGUGAGAUGCGACCCGUUUCCAAUAGGUUAUAGUAGGUUUUCCAAAAGAAAAGGCUUGAACAUUGAAGCCGUCAAACACGUGUUAGCAAUAAUUAGAAUUCGACCUCUCCAAAGUAAAAGCAUUCCACAUAGUCCCAAGGGAAAGCUUCAUGUUGGUGUUUCCUCUGCUUUGACCCUCUACGUAGACAGUAGACUAUACAUGGUAUAAACCCUCUGUGUUAUAGAUUUUCACAGACUGCAGUGAAUGAUGAUGAGUCAUGGAUGGUUAUGGGUCUUUGGGCAUGUAAAAAGUUGAUUUGAAGGACCUAGCAGUGCAUACGUACAACCAACCAAAGGUAAAGAGCCCUUUUAAAAAGAAACAGCACACGUUCAGAACAGUUUUUUUUUGUAUCAACCAAGUCAGAAUAAUUCUCUUUUAGUCCAGUUUAUCGCUGCUUUCCCGCAGCCAGGGGUGACACGUUAUUGUACAGUGUGUGACACGUUUAGGUAAAGAAUAAAGGCCAAAGCCAAAGCGAAGUGUAGAGGGGGGAAAAGGCAACUUUAAUACUUAUAAAAUAUUGUGAAGGAAGCACACCCGGAGGUUUAUGCAUGGUACUUCUAACUAAACACAUAACGUCAAGGUUUAAUCAUGCCCACCUGAGGCAAUUAGUUUUAUCAGAUCGCGCGACAGUAAUGGGGUUUCUCCUCUUUUGCAUGGCUCAGCAUAGCAUUCUCAGAAGCGGGGGAGAUAAAAACGUAACGCUUGUCUAAAUCUGUGUGGGUUUAAAACUUUUAUAAAAUGUAAUAAUUUAUAUGAAGGGUGCUUGUGUAGGAUUUUGCUUUUCUAGUUUGAACGUGCUCACAGGAGCUCUACAGCGUAGUACUUUUUAAAAGCCUCUGUGUGCAGCUUUCCUGCGCUACCUUUCCUUUUUGGUGUAGUCGUAUCGCGCGUCGUUUGUCCCGCCACUCGAUCUCCUUUAUUUCAAAGAGCUUUCUCAGAUUUUGCAGGGAAUCAAACCUGAGAGCCUCUGAAUUGGACGACACUGAAGCACAAAGCAGGGAGCUGCUUAUUCGCCACUGAACAGACACUUUACUGUGUGUGAGACCACGAUUAAUUUCUCAAUGUAUUAAUAAAAAUGCUGCACAUGUAGCGUCCUUUAAAUUGAUAUCUAUGCAUUCGGAUACAAGCAUACUUCAAGAAUCUCUUUUCCUUUCAUGUAGAGAAUGACCUUUUUAUACAUAUUAGCAUUACACAAAAGCAAGACUAAUAGAAAUCUCCAUGCAGUCGAUGUAUCAGUAUGUCUCAGAGGCGAUCUGGUGCUUGGCAUUCUGGGUACUGUAGGCGCUGAGGAGCUCUUUUUAUCUCUAAACACUCAAGACACUAUCUGGUGCUGUGAACUACACCUUUUCUCCUGCAGGGAGCGCUGCGACACCAGCACUACAGCAGGGACGCCUCACCUAAGCCAACAUUUUGUACAAAGUCCCCCGUGGUUGUCAUUCUCUCAGACUGUACGUUCUGCGUAACCUUACAUACGGGCAAUGUUCUUGUUUCCUUGAUUGUUUUCUACAGCUUAUUAAACCUUAACAGAAAACGUUGGUUGUCUUGUGUAAAACGGCCGCUACCGUGUAAAAUGGGUGGCGCGCGCUCAUCACCUACAGUGGUGCCUUUUUUUUUAGAUUGUCUUUUGAUAAAACAAAUGAAAUAGGACAAUGAGCGCUUGUUUCUUUGUUCCACGUUCUGAAUGAGGCCUGUCAGCACACUUGGGUUUUGUAGAGUUACAGGACACUUUAUUGUGGUGUAAAUACGCUCCCUGUUCCCUGUCAUAUCUUUGCCUUUCUCAUCAAACAAAUCACCUUUUUCUUGGAAUUUUACAGUGUCCUUUUUAGUGGUAAUUUACAAUGUCACAGUGGCUUGUUUCAGUGCUUCAUCCAUUGUAUUAACCAGUAUCCUUUUUCAAUUAAAACAGUCGUAUUUCA